UUUCCGGUCGCCGAGCCUUUGUAAUGAUCUCCGGCUUCCUUUUAUCAAUCGACGUGACCGGCCGGACGAAGUUAGGAGACAGGUCAGGUGUCAGCGACUCAUUCUUGUUAGCUUAGCCUCCAACGACGUCACUCACCUGCAGGAGGCGACCGGACUCCUUAGGAAAGGGAGCCGGUUUAAAGCCUUUCCCGGCCCCUGGCAGUGACUGCAGACUGGCACCCAAAUCCUGACAUCCAUCCAGACUGCUUAUGCUUUGGUCUUCAAUUCGGCUCAAGCGUGGCUGUAAAACUGAUGUUACAAUUGCUUCAGGAAGCAUGAACAUCAACAGCCUGUCGUUCGUCCAUUGAGAAAAGCCUUGUCUGAUCCAUGAUUUCUUCAGGCACCAAAAGCAUUCCCAAAUUGGUGGAAUUUUGAUACUGGAGUCAUCUGAGGUCAAGUUGGUCCGUUGAAAGGUUGACCAAUCCUAAAUGAUGGUCGCUAUGGAGGGUGCGUUCAAGAGCAGAGGACUCGGGAGCGUCGUGUUGCUGUUGGGAAACUUGUCAGUCUUGUAUGAUUUGUGCAGAGAGAGAACGAGAACGGGACAAAAACAGGAGCCGCAGCGGUUCUGCGGCUCGCGGCGACAAACAUGGCGGCUGGGGCAAAGAGCGGCGGGAGAAACGGAGUCGCAGCAAAGAGCGAAAGAGUCGGGACCGGCGGAGCGCCUCGCGGGACCACAAAAAGCACAGUCAUUCCCCACGCAGGACCAGGAAGAAGAAGACGUGCAGGUACUGGGAUGUCGCUCCUGCAGGCUUCCAGCACAUGAGCCCUCUGCAGUACAAAGCCAUGCAAGCGGCGGGACAGAUUCCCAGCAUCACUCUCCUGGCGACGGCCGGUGUGGCGACGGCCCCGACCCAGGUGCCGGUGGUGGGCAGCCAGAUGACCAGACAAGCCCGGCGCCUCUACGUGGGGAAUAUUCCCUUCGGCGUGACCGAGGAGUCCAUGGCCGAGUUUUUCAACACCCAGAUGAGACUCGCCGGCCUGGCGCAGGCUCCCAGCAACCCAGUCCUGGCGGUGCAGAUAAACCAGGACAAGAACUUUGCCUUCUUAGAGUUCCGCUCGGUGGAUGAGACCACGCAGGCCAUGGCCUUUGACGGGAUCAUUUUCCAAGGUCAGUCUCUGAAGAUUCGGCGACCUCACGACUACCGGCCGCUGCCCGGCAUCUCGGAGCAGCCGGCGUUCCACGUGCCAGGCGUGGUGUCCACCGUGGUUCCUGAUUCUCCUCAUAAGCUUUUCGUAGGAGGUCUGCCCAACUACCUGAACGACGACCAGGUGAAGGAGCUGCUGACGUCCUUCGGGGCCCUCAAAGCGUUCAACCUGGUCAAGGACAGCGCCACCUUGCUGUCCAAAGGCUACGCCUUCUGCGAGUACGUGGACAUCGGCGCCACCGACCAGGCGGUGGCCGGACUCAACGGCAUGCAGCUGGGCGACAAGAAGCUCAUCGUGCAGAGAGCCAGCGUGGGAGCCAAAAACGCCAACCUGGCCGCCAUCAUCGAGACCCCGGUGAUGCUGCAGGUUCCCGGGCUGCAGAGGCUGCAGAACUCCGGCGUGGCCACAGAGGUGCUGUGCCUCCUCAACAUGGUGAUGCCCGAGGAGCUGUUGGAUGACGACGCCUACGACGAGAUCCUGGACGACAUCAGAGAGGAGUGCUGCAAACACGGCGCCGUCCGCUCCAUGGAGAUCCCCAGACCCGUCCACGGCGUGGAGGUACCCGGCUGUGGCAAGAUCUUUGUGGAGUACGUGUCGACCGCCGACUGCCAGAAAGCCAUGCAGGCUCUCACGGGACGCAAGUUUGCCAACAGGGUGGUGGUGACCAAAUACUACGACCCAGAUAUGUACCACAGACACGACUUUUAAGCUGCAGCCUUCACCUCCUGCAUCCACGCUGCCACCUGCACGACCUUCACCACGCCAAGUGCAGCCCAUCACGGUAUUCCAAAGUUGUAAAUGUUGUAAAUAUUACACCAAACCCUUGCCGACCCAGAGCUCAGAUGCAGGCUUCCACUUUGAAUAAAUUCAACGUCUUUACAUAUGUCGGCCUGCACAUUCUUCAUUUUUGUUGUACGUACCCCACGGUGGAAAAGGUUAGGACACCCCUGGACUGAGGGGCGCUCACUC